AUAACCACUCAAGUUGUCAUCGAAUCGUCAUCCCAUCGCACGGAUGAUGUAUCUGUCGAUGACGAUGAUGAAGAAGUUGACGUGGAGAGAUGCGAUUUUGACUCUGAUGGACCACCGCAACUGCUCGAUUUAUCGUGCAGGUUUUUCGUCACGAUCGGCUCNCUACCGUUCGGUACGGAUGCAAUUGAGGCCGAAGAACUAACCGAUCUGAGUAAACAGCCACCGUCCAUGCUCGUCGUCCCAGAACUCUCGCCGGAUCUAUGCGCUCAACUCUCCACUUCUUCAGAAACGCCAUUUCCAGGCUCACCAUCUCUGGCGUUCUCUAAGAUUCUAGACAGUGCUGUGCAGAAAUCAUCAGAUAAAUGUGAAUCUCAAUCACAGUUCGACAUAUCGAAUGAACAUAAUUCCACUGAUGAUUCAACAAUAAUCACAGCACCAAAGGCUAAGAAGUUCGCAUUGAAUCCAUCAUCAUCCUCCUCAGAUACUGACGGUGAAGAAAACGAGUUGGAGAGUCAAAAUUCUGCUGGUACAGAUUCCAAUGAUUCUCCACCAUCAAGUUUCGAAAUCAGUGAGGAUGAACUUGAGCUCGAAAUCGGCUCAUCUUCGUCAUCGUCGUCAUCCGACGAUAGCUGUUGUGAGGAUGAUGGCUAUUACUACUCUGACGGUGAAUACGAUGAAAAUGACUACAAGAAUGUGGCCGACGCGAGGCAGAAUGGCCACCACCACGAUGGUCAGAUGGCCGAAAGCGCUUGUGCUUCUCCUUUUUGUGGUGCUUCUGAAUGUUCCACUCCGCCGCCGAUUGGACGUCAAAUAUCACCGAAUUCACGUCGCAAACGUCGUAAGCGCAAAACGUCCACAUCGCCACGUAGUAGCCUAAUGAGUAGUAGUGCACCACCGUCGUGUCCACGAGCGAAAAAAUGCUGUACGGGCGAUGGUCAGUUGACUGGUCUCAUAUCAGUUUUUGAAUCCGGUUUAUCGGUGAUGGCCGAUCAACUGAUGCAACACGCUCAUCAACACAGUGGUCGUCAUUCUCAUGCUCGUGAUUGUAUGCAUCAUGCUCGCCAUCAUCGUCAU